AUUUUGUUUACAAAACUUAUCAGUUUUUCUGGAGGAAAUCGCUUUUGUAGUUUUAAAAAUUAAAUGUAAUAAAUCUUUGUUCUAUUGUAGAUUGAAUAGUUUAUUUAAUUCUGUGCAGAAAGUUUUUCAUUGAUCUCUUCUAGUCGACAAUGCAGUAGUUAACUAAGCCGUGCUAAAAAUGAAUGCAGCACUUCUCACAGAAAUCAAGGUGGAACCUUCUUUUCACGGUGAAGAACAAACUCUAGAAGAUUCCCCAUUGGAGAGUCCCAAUUCUGGCAUCAAGCAUGAACCGUUGGACAUUGAGCCGGAGGAUGAUCUAUCGGCAGCCGAGAGCGAAAUGCUACCGCCCAGCACUACAGCAUCAGGUGGACACUGUUUCCGGUGUCCCGAUCCGGGCUGCGACUUCACCUGCGAGUUGGACGGAGUAUUGAACAUGCACAUCCGGCUGCAUCACGACGAUCAAAACCUGGGGCUGAUUGAGCCAACUCUGACCACUCCCGACCAGAUGGAGGAGGAAGACUCUACGGAGCUGAAGAUUGACCUAACGGGCCCUGCCCUACUGAUCGAACGGGUCAACAAGCGAAGGAACGUUAUCCACACGUGCAGCCGGUGUGGGACCGGAUUCCGGAAGCGAGACGUCGCCGAAGCCCAUAUCGCCAAGGUUCACAUGGUGGUCAAACGGUUCACGUGUAGCGUUUGUGGACGGGGCUUCGAUAGGUCCGGAGAUUUGGAAAUACACACCCGGGUCCACACUGGGGAGCGUCCCUACAAGUGCCCGGCGGAAGAUUGCGACUACUCGGCCGCGUUGACCAAUACCCUACAGCGACACGUUCGGCGACGACACAAAGAACUAGUCAUUGGUGGGAGUUCCUCCGGUGGUCGAGAACCGACCACGGAAAGCAAUGCGAAAGGAUCAGUAAAGCUAGAUAUCAAUACCUCUGAAGCUGCUUCCUCCAGUAAGUUGAGGAGCAAAGCCAGUUCCAUUCCCAAAUCCAAAAAGAAACACGAAUGCACAAAAUGCAAAGUAGAAUUCACAAAGUUGCAAUCCCUGCGAGCGCAUCGUAACGCAGUCCAUGGCAAGGAGAAGAUAUUCACCUGCACCUAUUGCAAGGUUACCUUCCCCAGUUCUCGCCUCUUGGCGGAGCACAUUCUCCUGCACGACCAGGUAAAACCCUAUCCUUGCACCGUCGAGGGAUGCCAAUUCACCUUUAUCUCCGAAGACGACCAGAAAAGGCAUCUCCAGAGGCACGAGAAGAAGGCCGAUCCCAGCUUGCGGCCGUUCGUGUGCGAUAUCUGUGGCAAGCAGUUCGAGCUGAAGUGCGGCCUGGUGCGUCACAUCAGUGCACUGCAUCCGCGAAAUGGCGACAGUGCCAGGUUUGUGAAUUCGUAGGAUGGGGUCGUCGAAUAAGUGUCGAAAGCUGGAACUAUUAAUCAAUCAAUAAAACUAAACUAAUAGCUAACGUACCAUAUGGAGCAUCAUCAACGUUACUAGUUCGAAUUACUUUAGAUGUUUUAUCCCAUUUAGAAGUUUAACGCAUCAAGUGAUUGAAAGGUGGAAGCAGAACUUCGAUGAACACCUAAAUUGCACUGGGAGCGCACGAAGUACCCUGUAAAACGGGAUAGGUACAUUUAAUACGUGUUUGGAGAAAAAUCUGCUUUUUUUGAGGAUUUUUAUUUUGCAUUUUCAAAACAAGUACUGGUAUCCUAGUUAUCGGUUGUAGUUGAAAGAUUGCUUAACGAUUCAUUAUGAAUGCACCUGAAAUUUUUCAUAUAAUUUCAUAUAAAAGAUGAUUUUUCGUUUUAUGGGGUAAACUUGAUAAUAGGUUUGUAAACUCAUGGAAAUCCACCAAACCAAACUACUGUUUGACAUUAUUGCAGUUAGAGUAACUGGAUUGGAUAAUGUUAAUAACACUCUCUAUUAUAGAUUAGAUUUGAUGCACUAACUAAUGUAU